GCUCGCUAACCCUAUCGGGUUCUUUUUCCUUCUUCUUCUUCUUCUUCCCCGUUUCUAAUUAUUUGGCUUCGGUUUUAGGACAGAAAAAUGAUCUGAUUCCCUCCGCAUUCCGUUUUACUUCUCCCCCUCCUCCGUUUCUUACAUUCCAAUCUCCCCCCACCAAUUCACCCUCUUCAUAAUCUGCAAUCGCAAACCGGAAUCGCCCAUCCUUUUGAAUUCAAACUCUCUCUUCCGUGGUGAUGACCUAAUCCCCUCUGUUUCCCUCUCCCAUCCCCUUUCUGCAACUUUUGAACCAAACCCAGAAAUUCAAAUCCCUCCUUUUCUGCUGCUGCUGUUGGAUUCCAGAGAACCCGUUUCCCCCCCUUCCCCCUUUAGCGUCUGGAAACAAUAGGAGCAUGAAGAGGGGGAAAUCGGACACCCGAUUGGACAAGUUCGGUGCCGUCACGCGGCAGCGAUCGUUCCACGUUCUUAUUGCCUUGGGGGUCCUGUAUUUCUUCCUCGUCACAGUGGAAAUUCCUUAUUUAUUCAACUCCGGCGCUAGCUCCUCCGUCUCCCCCGACGCACUCACUCGCCCGUCUAAGCUCCAGAGCGAGGAGGAUUUGCUGGACAAGGACGCGCCUUCUCGCCCUCGCUCAUGGGAAUCCCACACCACCGCCGCCUCUGCCCAACCGGGUCCGACCCAGCUCCUCCCCGCCAAAAAGAUCGCACUCCCCAAGAACAUCCUCUCCAGCUUGAAGUUCGACCCGGAGACUUUUGAUCCGACUAAGAAGGACAGGUCCGUGGAGCUCCACAAGAGUGCCAAGACUGCUUGGGAAGUUGGCAGGAAGAUGUGGGCUGAGAUCGAGAGGGAUGAAUUCGACUUCCUGGAGCCGAAGAAGCCCGAGAACCGUACUGAGUCGUGCCCCAACUCGGUGACGCUGACUGGGUCUGAGUUUCUGAGUCGCGGCCGGGUCGUGGAGCUUCCUUGUGGGCUCACGAUUGGUUCCCACAUCACGGUGGUUGGGAAGCCGAGGGCAGCUCAUGCAGAGGCUGACCCCAAGAUAUCUUUGAUUAAAGAUGGCGGGUCGUCGGUUAUGGUGUCCCAGUUUAUGAUGGAGUUGCAGGGUUUGAAGAUCGUGGAUGGUGAGGAUCCGCCCAGGAUUCUACAUUUCAAUCCGAGGUUGAAGGGGGAUUGGAGUGGCAAGCCUGUGAUCGAGCAGAAUACUUGUUACAGGAUGCAGUGGGGCACUGGAGUACGAUGCGAAGGGUGGAAAUCUAAUGCUGACGAGGAGACAGCUCCAUAUCUUACCCUGUUGCCUGCAGUUGAUGGCCAGGUGAAGUGUGAGAAGUGGAUCCGUGAUGAUAACAACCACUCAGAGGAAUCAAAGGCUACUUGGUGGUUAAACCGGUUGAUUGGCCGAACCAAAAAAGUGACGUUUGAUUGGCCAUUCCCAUUUGCAGAGGAGAAAAUGUUUGUUUUGACUCUAACUGCUGGUUUGGAAGGUUAUCACCUCAAUGUUGAUGGGAGGCAUGUGACCUCUUUCCCUUAUCGCACUGGAUUUACACUUGAGGAUGCCACAGGACUCACUGUGUAUGGGGAUGUCGAUGUCCACUCCAUAUUUGCUGCAUCAUUGCCUGCAGCUCAUCCUAGCUUUGCUCCUCAGAAGCAUCUUGAGAAGUCUAUUGUUUGGAGAGCACCAGCUCUUCCUGAAGGGCCUGUGGAACUUUUCAUUGGCAUUCUUUCAGCAGGUAACCAUUUUGCUGAAAGGAUGGCUGUCAGGAAGUCUUGGAUGCGCCACAGACUGAUCAGAACUUCACAUGUGGUUGCUCGGUUCUUUGUAUCACUUCAUGCACGAAAAGAAGUGAACUUGGAAUUGAAGAAAGAAGCCGAAUUUUUUGGAGAUAUUGUGAUAGUGCCUUACAUGGAUAACUAUGACCUUGUGGUUCUGAAAACCGUUGCCAUCUGCGAAUAUGGGGUCCGGACUGUUGGAGCAAAGUAUAUAAUGAAGGGAGAUGACGACACUUUCAUAAGGGUAGAGACAGUUCUUGAUGAAGCUAAAAAGGUUCCCGAGGGACGAAGCUUGUAUAUUGGCAACAUAAAUUACUUCCACAAGCCCCUCCGACACGGGAAAUGGGCUGUCACUUACCAGGAGUGGCCAGAGGAAGAUUACCCGCCCUAUGCCAAUGGGCCUGGCUACAUUUUGUCAGCGGACAUAGCCAGAUUCAUCGUCUCCGAGUUUGAGAAACAUAAAUUAAGACUGUUCAAGAUGGAAGAUGUGAGCAUGGGAAUGUGGGUUCAGAAGUUCAACAGGACGAAAGCAGUGGAACUAGUGCACAGCUUGAAGUUCUGCCAGUUUGGAUGCUUCGAUGGCUAUUACACAUCGCACUACCAGUCCCCACGGCAGAUGAUCUGCCUUUGGGAAAAGUUGCAGAAGUUUGGUUUGCCUCAAUGCUGCAACAUGAGAUGACAACAACUCCUAAUGUAUACCGCACCCUGUAUUUCAAUACCAGGUACGAGAACCACCCCGAUAUGAUAUGACAUCAUCAUUCCUCCCCUAGUCGGCCUAACAAUGACAGAAAAUGCCGGAACAGUGUAGUAAUGUGAAGAAUAUACAUCUUGGAGUUGAGCCGGACAGAUGUCCGGGGCGGGGAGAAAGAGGUAGAAGAAAGGAAAACCAGAGUUCUUUUUAAACUUAACUGUAGGCCAAGAACAUUCUUGUAUAUAUGCUUGUGAAUUCAAGUAAAACAAGAAAACUCUGAUGUUAGAACUCUGUACUACUGCACCAAGUUUUCCCAAUUCGAGAAAAAAUGUUCUUUUGAAAGUUCUGGUCGCAGGAUUUACGUUACAGGAACUGAUCUUAGUGAAGCAAGUUCUUCUUUCGAUCUUUUUUCCUGGGUAGAAUCUUCUUUCUAUCCUUUGAUCAUGGCUCAUUCGCCGGCCGGUGGAGAUGGCUGGUAGCCGGCUAGCAAUGGGUGAUUGAGACCCUACUUAUUAUAUCUUUGAUGGCACAUUUGGAAAGGAACCUGGUUCCCCUUUUUCCUAUUUUUGUUGUGACAGAACAACUCCAGAAGAACGAGUCAGCCUACCCAAAAGGGGAAAAGAAGAGGUCUUUUGCGCUGUUUUGCUUUUUAACAAAUUCGCGCAUGUUCGUUUAUGCUUCUUCCAGUCAUUUUCCACCGUCGACUCGGCUGUGUGUUCCAACUUCAAUCACUCCAGCAUGUCGACCAUUUACAAGCUCGGAUCUUCGGCAUAAACUCAAGCUUACUUCGUCGGAUUAUAUGUGCGAUAAUUCUAGAUUGUUGAAUGCAGACGAUGGUAAUUUUGUAUGUUCAGGCCAGUGGCACCGAAGCUCGUCUUUCUUUCUGGACGUUUGCUAUGCCGUGCGUCCUACGUUUUACUUUCACACUCCAAGAUAUGCUUUCUGGGAGGAAGAACCGUUUUAAAUACUAGAUUA